AUGGGAAUACCCAUGGGUUCAAACAUUCAUGCCCCAACAGUAGCCUCCGGCCCUACGUCCGGAGGCGCUCCUCCUCGCGACCUGUCCAAGCUCGGCAUGGUCGAUCUCAUGCAAGAAAAGGAACGCAUCGAAGAAGAACUCUCGGCUUUGAGUAGCGUCCUCGGCUCGCAUGGCGUUAAUAUGAACACAUCUCUCACUACUUUCGAUGGCUUCCCACGAGACGAUAUCGAUGUUGCCCAAAUACGCACUACUCGAGCCCGGAUUAUUCGACUGCGGAACGAUCAUAAAGACGUGAUGUCACAUCUGGAGAAAGGAAUCCACAACCACUUUGCGAAUUUGCAGCGGGCGCAAACUGCCGUACAAUCGGGCGGCGGUCUGAAUGGUACAUCGGGGUCACAACCUAGUGUGUCUGGCAAUAAUACAUCCGGUGCUGGGACAUCUGGGUUACCGUUCGCAAAGGUCAAUAGUGUGGUGCCUGGAAGUCCCGCCGACCAGGCAGGUCUGAGGGUGGGAGAUACCGUUCGGGAGUUCGGGAGUGCCAACUGGCUUAACCAUGAACGUCUCUCCAAGGUGGCGGAGAUAGUGCAGCAGAGUGAAGGGCGCACCGUGGCGGUCAAAGUCGUGCGGAAAGAUCCUAGUUCUUCCAGCAGUAUUGACUUGUCCCUGCAGCUGGUCCCUCGCCGUGAUUGGGGCGGUCGGGGCUUGUUGGGCUGUCAUCUCGUGCCGUUGUAG